CACCACAUCUGGGGAAGCCCCAAGCUUUCCCGUGCGACGAAUAAAAAGUUAGAUCAUCCUCUGCAGACGUUGCACUCAUUUAGCAGAUCACAGAGAUUAUAGCAUAGAGAUGAACACAGAGCUUCAAACUCCAUUAACAUGGGUGCAAAUUGUGAUGGAUUUAGUGGUGCAAAGUCUCCUGUUCAUCUUUACAGCCUACAUUGUCUACCUGAGUUUCUCCCACAGUGCCUUCCUCUUUGCAUGGCAUCCGGCAUUGUUAACAAUUGGGUACACCGUCUUCAUGUCAGAAGCAAUUCUGUCGUUUUCGGAGAAUAAUCUUCUGAUCAGAAAUCGAAGUUUCCAAUGGAGAGUUCGUUUUCAUUGGAUUAUGCAGACAAUUGGGGGUGUAUUGAGCACAGCUGGCUUCAUUGCUAUUCUGGCUCAUAAGUUUGUCAAUGACAAACAUCAUUUCCACACGUAUCACGCAAUUGUGGGACUCAUCACUUUCAUCUUGACUGCUCUUGUUGGUGUUGGGGGUGUAUGGACAAAGUACAGCUAUAACCUCCGGCAGUACCUACGUCCAGUGCUGGCUAAACUAAUCCACGGCGCCUUGGGGAGUAUUCUUUACUUUUUGGCUGUGAUAACAAUGAUCCUUGGUCUAUACUCCAACUUCUUCGUACGCUCCAGUUUCUCAUCGGCCAGAGGAAUUGGAAUCUUUAUUCUCAUCAUUACUGCAACGUACGUUCUCAUUAAACCACUGACAAGCUGCCUUAUGCGCUUCCGAAGUGCUCCAAUGCGAGUCAGCAGUCUCUGACCAAAGAUCUUAUUUUACGUGAUAUCGAUUGCAGCUUUUCCGUUUAUUUCUUGCGAUUCCGGUAAAUGUGAUAUUGACAGAGGAAAUUCAUUUCUAUGAAUCUCAGAUUAUUAUGAAUUAUUUAUAAUGAGCGAGAGUAGUACAUCCAAGUUUAUCUUAUACCAGAUCUCCAUUGUAUUUUUACAUAUUUCUUUGAGUAUAAGAAAAUAAAAAAAAUCUUUUGAGAGA